AUGGCUGAUCAGCAGCGAGGCCACAACACCUCAGAUUCUCGCCGGAAAUCAGCAGCCGGAAAACGAACCUCACAACAUACUACGCCAUCCUCAUUGUCUUCCGACGGAGGAACCAUGGCGGCGGCUGCGACGGGGACUGGGGCGGCGUCGCCAUGUGGGGCUUGCAAGUUCUUGAGAAGGAAGUGUGUGAGUGGAUGCAUCUUCGCCCCACAUUUCGGGUCCGACCAAGGAGCGGCUAGGUUCGCGGCGGUCCAUAAAGUUUUUGGAGCCAGCAACGUAUCGAAGCUGUUGCAUCAUAUUCCGGUGAACCGUCGCCAUGACGCGGUGGUUACGAUCUCCUAUGAGGCUCAGGCUAGACUCUCCGAUCCUGUCUAUGGCUGCGUCUCCACAAUCCUUGCUCUCCAACAACAGGUGGCCUCGCUACAGGCGGAGUUAUCGGUGGUGCAAUCACAACUAAUAAACAGUAGAGUCGCAAUGGCCAACGUUAUGCAACAACAAAGCCAUCACCAACAACAACAACAACAACAACAACUAGUCGUUAUGCAACAACCCGAAUACUCCAACAACUCCUCCGCCUCCACUACUCUGGCCGGAGCCGCCAUGAACGGCUUUGCCGCUGCGGCGGAUGUAGCAGCCGCCAGCUAUGACGUCAUGGCUCGGGCUAACUUAGAACAUUCGUUGCAACCAAUGCCAUCGCAUCAACAAGGUAGAGGAGAUCAGCAUGAGGAUGAGGAAGAGAGUGGUGCUGAUUUUUCGGUGGCUGUUGGUUCCACGACCGUGCCUCCGGAGAUUAUAUUUCCGGACGAGGGUUUUCACCGGAGAUGA